AUGUACCGAACCACGAAGAAAUGGGCAGGAAAGAGCGAGCCUCUUGGAGUAAAAGAUGAAAUGAUUCAAACUCAAGUGGUGAAGAAAUGGGAAGGUGGCGGAGAGGGGAAGAGAAACGCUGCUGGAGGUGGCGGAGAGGUGAAGAGAAACGCCGCCGGGGGUGGAGAUUUAAAGAAGCUCUGUGCAGGAGGUGGCGGGGAGGGGAAGAGAAACGCCGCCGGAGGUGGAGAUUUUAAGAAGCUUCGCGCAGGAGGUGGCGGAGAGGGAAAGAGAAAUGCCGCCGGCGAAGGAGAUUUAAAGAAGCUUUGCGCAGGAGGUGGCGGAGAGGGGAAGAGGAAUGCCGCUGGAGGCGGUGGAGAAGUGAAGAGGAAGGCAAAUAGAGAUCUAGGGGAAUACUUGAGGUCUGGCGAUGAGUCAGCAAUAGCAAGAAAUGGAUGA